AUGGCUUCUAGGAACCAGAACAGGCCGCCGCAGAGCCCCUUAAAUAAAAAGGCAGCUGCUGAAGAAAACCCCCUUGACAAACGUCGGAGGAUUGGAGCAGAAAGGAUGGAAAGACUGGGAACCACCGGCAGGGGAAGGAGGCCAUUUACCUCAGUGAACAAAGGGCCUGAAACUAAUACAGCAAAUGAUGUUGGCGGUGCCGAUGGUUCAGAGUGUAGCACUGUCGAGUACACCAAAGAAAACGUGGAGGCCUUAUUGAACGAGAAGCCGAUAAAGGGAAACCCAUAUGAUAAUAAGAAAAAAAUGGAGCAUAUGGCAGAUCUUAUUAAGAGGUUUAAGCAGUGUGCAAAGUACUUACAAAAAGAAAAGGAAGAUCUUCAGUCUGCAAUUGAAUCUGCUGAGAAGAAGUGCACUGAUACUGAGACUCAAAUGAAAAAUAAGAUUGAGGAGUUGAAUGAGACAAUAUCAGAUUUGCGACAGACAAAUUCUUCUUUGGAAGAGAAAAUUGCAAAGGAAGAGUCGUGUAAGAUGGAAGCAAUUGAAUGUCAUAGAAGAGAAAAGGAAGCCAGAAGUGCGGCUGAAAAGGUGCAAGAUUCCCUUUCAACUGAGCUUGAGAAAGUUCGGCAAGAGAAAUUAGUUCUUGAGCGGAAGGCAAAUUCAAACGAGGACUUGUACAAGCGUUCUCAAGAGUAUAAUAUGAGUCUACAACAUUAUAACAGUCGCCUCCAGUCAGAUCUUGAAUCAACCAAUGAAUCACAUAAAAGACUGGAAAUGGAGAAAGCGACCAUUGUUGAAAACCUAAGCAAUGUAAGAGGUCACAACAAGGCAUUGCAGGAUCAGUUGGCAUCUGUUAAAGCUUCAAUGGAAGAGGCUACAAAGCAAAAAGAUGUGCUAGUACAGGAGCUGAAUUGUCUUCGUGAAGAAUUGAAACAAAUUAGAGAUGAUCGUGACCGGCAAUUGGGACAAGUAAAGGCUUUAACUGAUGAAGUAGCAUACUACAAAGAAUUUACAGGGAAUUCAUGCGCACAAUUGGAUAACCUGACAAUUAAAAUAAAUGCUCUCGAGGAGACAUGUUCUUCUCAAAGAGAGCAAAUAAAUAUACUGCAACAACAGCUUGCUGCUAAAAUGGAGAAAUUAAAGAUGGCCGACUUAUCUGUUUCAGAAACAAGAACAAGUUUUGAGGAGCAGAAAAGACUUAUACAUGAACUACAAGAUCGUCUAGCUGAUAAAGAAUUCCAAGUGAUUGAGGGAGAGAAAUUAAGGAAAAAAUUACACAACACUAUCCUUGAGCUUAAAGGGAACAUUCGCGUGUUUUGCCGAGUGCGACCUUUGCUACCAGAUGAUGGUGUUGGGACAGACAUGGUUGUUUCUUAUCCUACAUCAACAGAAGCUCUUGGCCGAGGAAUUGAAUUGGUACAAAGCGGGCAAAAAUAUCCUUUUACAUUUGAUAAGGUCUUCAAUCACGAGGCUUCUCAGCAGGAUGUUUUCAUCGAAAUAUCGCAAUUGGUACAAAGUGCGCUUGAUGGCUACAAGGUAUGCAUAUUUGCAUAUGGUCAGACAGGUUCUGGCAAGACCUAUACAAUGAUGGGCAGGCCUGAUACCCCAGAUUUGAAAGGAUUGAUACCACGUUCUCUAGAACAGAUUUUCCAGACUAGUCAAGCCCUCAAAGAUCAGGGGUGGAGCUACAAAAUGCAGGCUUCAAUACUGGAAAUAUAUAAUGAGACUAUUCGGGAUUUGUUGGCAUCAAAUCGGUCCAGUGGCAUUGAUCAGACACGAACUGAGAAUGGUGUUCCUGGGAAGCAACAAUACACUAUUAAACAUGAUGCCAACGGAAACACGCAUGUUUCUGACCUCACUAUUGUGGACGUUCGUAGUGUAAAUGAGAUUUCAUCUCUUCUUCAACAGGCUGCGCAGUGCAGGUCGGUAGGAAGAACCCAAAUGAAUGAACAGUCAUCAAGAAGCCAUUUUGUCUUUACUCUGCGGAUAUGUGGAUUUAAUGAGAAUACUGAACAACAAGUGCAAGGUGUCUUAAAUUUGAUUGAUUUGGCUGGAAGUGAAAGACUGUCCAGGAGUGGGGCCACUGGGGACCGACUUAAGGAAACCCAGGCUAUCAACAAAAGUUUAUCAUCUUUGAGCGAUGUCAUAUUUGCUUUGGCCAAGAAAGAAGAGCAUGUUCCUUUCAGGAAUUCAAAAUUGACAUACCUUCUCCAGCCAUGUCUUGGGGGAGAUUCAAAAACAUUGAUGUUUGUAAAUGUCUCACCUGAUGCUUCUUCUUCUGGAGAGUCCCUUUGCUCUCUUCGCUUUGCUGCCAGAGUCAAUGCCUGUGAAAUUGGUAUUCCAAGGCGUCAAACAUCAGCCAAGUCUUUUGAUUCUCGGCUAAGCUAUGGGUGAAGAUUGAUGAUCGAAGAAGAGAGCAACGUUGUGAUGGGUCCCACCAACAUAGCAGACCCAAAAAAAAAAAAAAAGUUCUUUGGGGGAAAUUUGACUUGUUAUACUUAAUUUGAUAGGGAGAUUUGUACACUUUACUAUUGUAGAGGGCAAAAACCAAAAAAAAAAAAAAGGGAGAAAGAAGAGCAAUAUAUUUGUUCCUUGUGUUGUGAAUGAAGGUCAUAAAAUUCUAGGGUAGGAAAUCUCUAGCAGUGUGUAUUUGAUUUGUGGAGGCUUGGCUUUAGCCUCCGGUUGUGAUCUGUACUACUAUCAUUUAGCAUUGACAUAAUUAAUGAGGUUAUUUGGGCUGUGUUAAAUAAUUAAAGUAUGAAUUUAAUUUA